CUUCCCUUCAAUCCCACCUCCAUCCCCUCCUCCUCCCCCCAAAGUUCCUCCAUCUUCCCUGCCAUGGACGAAUUUCCAACGCUGGAUCGUGAGACCCUCGGCUUCGACAAGUCGAACUCGGUCGCCAUCAUCAUCGGUCUGACAUUCAUGGUCAUCUUUCGAUUCGUCGGCUACCUUGCAGCGAAACCUCCAAGAGUCUCUGCCCUGGGCAAGAGUGGAUUCUGCAUCGUUGUCCUGGGAGAUGUUGGCCAUAGUCCUCGCAUGCUUCUGCAUGCCAGGAGUGCCCUGGAUGCCGGAUGGAGAGUCGACGUUAUUGGGUACAAGGGCUCGCGUUUGCCCGAGGAUAUUGAAGAUCAUCCUUCGAUCCAGUUCCAUUAUUUGAAGCAGCUGCCCCGCGUUCCUGAGAGCAUGCCCCGCGUUUUGUACUACACGUACGCUCCUAUCAAAGCCGUACUCCUCGCCUUUCAGCUCUUUUAUGUUGCCAUGUUUGAUGUCGCAGCACCUGAGGUCUAUGUUGUCCAGAACCCACCCUCGGUCCCUACCCUCCACGUUAUGCAGCUCGUCAACUGGCUCAAGCAGCGUCAUCUGGUCAUCGACUGGCACAACUAUGGUUCCUCCAUGGUUGCGCAGCGCCUGGGCCAGCAGAGCAUCUUCACCAAACUGGUCGCCUUGUAUGAGCGAUUCUGGGGCUACAAGGCUACUAUCCACAUCUGUGUCAGUCGCGCUAUGGCCCGUGAGUUGCUGUACAAGUUUGAGAAGCGAGGAAAGGUUAUCACCCUUCACGACCGCGCUCCCGAGAGCUUCCAUCAGUUGAAUGUCGAGGAAAUCCACGAUCUUCAUAGCGAGUUAAAAUUGGAGAAGCUGGUGCAAGAGCAGACGUUGAACCGCACAUUUUUGCCUACGAUCGGCUCCAAUCAGACCCUGCUGACAGAGAAGAAGACUGCCACCGGACCAGCCUCUUUCCGUGCCGAUCGUCCUAUAUUAAUUGUCUCGAGCACCAGUUGGACAGCCGAUGAGGAUUUCCAGUUAUUGUUGAACGCUGCCAAGCAGUAUGAUGACCUCGUCAAACUCGAAAACAGCACCAAGGCCGGCCUGUUCCCCAAACUUUUGUUUGUCAUCACUGGAAAGGGUCCUUUGAAGCAGCACUACGAGGAGGUUAUCAGCAAAAUGAACCUUGAGAACGUCGCGUUUAUCACCACCUGGCUCAGUCCUGAGAACUACCCCCUCUUACUUGGAUCUGCGGAUUUGGGAGUAUCAUUACACACGUCUACAUCGGGCGUAGACCUGCCCAUGAAGGUUGUUGACAUGUUUGGAUGCGGCCUGCCUGUUUGCGCCUUCAAAUACAACGCACUCUCUGAGCUGGUUGUGGCAAAGUCGAACGGCUUGGUCUUCGAGAACGCCAACGAGCUGAAGAGCCAACUCGUGCACCUCUUCAAAGGAUUCCCUCUGGCUCAACCUCAAACCCAUUCUCAGCUCCAGAGCAUGAGGGAUGACAUCAAGAAAUCCUUCCAAUCGACAAGAUGGGAACAGAACUGGAACUUUACCCUGCUGCCGCUUCUUAAGAACUUGGACAAGACGUGGGGCGACUCUCAAAUGUUUGCUGAAAACCCGGUCUAUGGCCUGGGCCCUGGGUAUGAUGCUGCAGACGACGAUGACGACGAAGAGGAAAGGGAAGAUGAGGUAGAGGCUGAAGAGUAGCGUCUGCAGGCCAUCUUGUCAUAGAUCAGAGCUGUCCAU